CUUACGAUUUAAAUGAACUUAAUACUUAUAACUUUCCUUUAAAACCAAUAAUACUGACACAGCUUUAUUUAAUAACAAAAAUAAUAUUGAGAUAUGAAUUUACAUAAAAUAUUAACAUUGCUAUUUUAUAUCAUUUAUUAUAUUUUAGGGAUGUCUCGAUUGUGGAUUUCUGAUUUAAUUAGUGUAUUUAAAGGAUCACAAAAAGUAACAAAUGAGAUUAUAAAACAUCAGGAAGAAGCAAUCAAAUUUGUUAUCUUACAUUCUAGUCUACGAACCUCUGUAAAAAGUUGCUUAAAAGAUGUAGGAGUAAAAAUAAAUAACAUAGAUCCAAGUAAGGUUCCUGAACAAGUGGCAGUUGAAUUAAAGAAUACAUUAAAUCGUUUAAAUGUUGUUGAAAAAGGCAUGACACAGUAUAUAAAAACUAGAACUAAUCGAGCAUUGAACAUCACUGAUGAUGACUAUAAACCUACAGUACAUAAAACAAAAUUAUACGUCUAUAAUUCAGCUAAAGAUCCCAAGGAAAUACCUAUUGAUGAAAAAGAUAUGUCAAUAAAAAUUGAUUCAAAACAAACAAUAUCGGAAGAUAAUUUACGGAAUACUUUUACUGCGAACAAAAAAUAUGCAACUGUCAAAGAAAAAAUAGAAACAAUAACCAAGAUGGAAAACGUACCAAAAAUUGAACUUUCUAGAAAAGAAAAGGAAAUUUUACAUAAAUUAGAGUUAGAACAUGAGAAAGCUGAAAGAAAACAGGUCUCAGAAAAUGUACUUUCUUCUCAAAAGGUCAAUGAUAAAACAGAAGUAAAACAAAAUGAUGUACAUAUUUCAAAAGCUUCAACAAAACCUCAUAUUAAACCAUCUAUAAAGCCUAAACAAUCUCUUUCAGCUAAUGCAAAAGAGCGAACAGUUCCUUCUACAAGACUUCAGAGAAUGGUUAAUUUUGGUACUUUGGGUAUUGGUCUUGGAAUCGGAACGAUUGCAGAAUAUACACGUAGAUCAUUAGGUUUAAAGGAACAAAGGAUGAGUGAAACUGUUGAUAAUAUGUUUCUUACUAAAGCUAAUGCAGAAAGAAUUGUCACAACAUUAUGCAAAGUAAGAGGUGCUGCUUUGAAAAUUGGACAAAUAUUGAGUAUCCAAGAUAAUACUAUUAUAAGUCCAGAACUACAAAAAGUUUUUGAAAGAGUUAGACAAAGUGCUGAUUUUAUGCCAAAAUGGCAAAUCGAGAGAGUACUUUGUUCUGAAUUGGGUUACGAUUGGCGAACUAAAUUAACAAAAUUUGAAGAAAAACCAUUUGCUGCUGCAUCUAUUGGUCAAGUACAUCAUGCUAUAUUAUUAACUGGAGAAGAUGUAGCAAUUAAAAUUCAAUAUCCUGGUGUAGCUGCUGGUAUCCAGAGUGAUAUUGAAAACUUAAUAGGCAUAAUGAAGGUGUGGAAUAUGUUUCCAGAAGGUAUGUUUAUUGACAAUUUAGUUGAAGUAGCAAAACGUGAACUAGCUUGGGAAGUGGAUUAUCUAAGAGAAGCAGAAUGUACAAAAAAAUAUAAAGAGCUUAUGAGUCCUUACAAUGAUUAUUAUAUACCAAAAGUUAUAGAUGAACUUUCAACGAGUCAGGUAUUUACAACAGAACUAGUGGAUGGUAUUCCUGUAGAUAAAUGUGCUGAAAUGGAUUUAGAAAUACGAGAAAAUAUAUGCAAAUUAAUCAUGCGUUUGUGUUUAAUGGAAUUAUUUGUAUUUCGAUAUAUGCAAACAGAUCCAAAUUGGUCAAAUUUCUUCUAUAAUCCUGAAACAAAACAGCUUGUAUUGCUGGACUUUGGAGCAUGUCGAAGUUAUGAAAAAGCAUUCAUGGAUAAAUACAUAGAAGUUAUAAAUGCAGCUAGUUUAGGAGAUAGAGAAAAAGUUUUGAAUAUAUCCAGAGAUAUGGGUUUUUUGACUGGAUAUGAAACUAAGAUUAUGGAAAAUGCUCAUGUGGAGACGGUAAUGAUACUAGGACAAAUUUUUCAAAGUGAUCAAGAAUAUUUUGAUUUUGGUGGGCAAGAUGUUACGAAGAGAAUUCAAGCACUAGUUCCAACUAUAUUAAAUCACCGACUGUGUCCUCCUCCUGAAGAAAUUUAUAGUUUGCAUAGAAAAUUAUCAGGCGUGUUUUUACUAUGUGCAAAACUUAAUGUUAAAAUGAAUUGUCGUAAUAUGUUUCGUGAAGUAUACAAUAAUUAUACAUUUGGAUAAUAUUAUUAAAACUGAAGAUGAAUGAUAAAUUUUAUUCUUAAUAAAAAAAUGCUUAUCAUUCUAUCAAAUAUCAAUUUAUUUUUUAAUAAAUAAUAUAUAUAGUUAGAUUUAAAAUUUAACGAAAGAAGAUUGAAAAGAAUUGAUUUAUUAUUAUAAUUUUUUGUACAUUAUUUCACAUCAACGUGAUGAGAUAUUUUUUUGAAUAUGUACAUACACAACACUCAUUCUGCAAUGUAUAUAUACAUUCUGAUAAUUUAUUAUUAUUAUUGCAAAUAUACGUUUGAGCAGUUUUUAUCACAGAACAAUGGUAUUAUUCGAAAAAACUUGUUCAUCAAAGACGACCACUUCUUCUUCUGCCAGUAUACUUAGAAUCUGCACAAACUAUUUUACCUUGUUUUCUACGUCUUUCCUUUUUUUCCGUAAUCCAAUCUCUGCUUUUUUUUAAAGGUUUACCUCUUGCUUUCUUGAUAUGUUCUCUUUGGAAACAAAUUAUAAUUAUUUUUGAUUUUAUAAGAAAUGAAUUAGAGAAAAUACAUUCAAAAUUAAAAAAAUACCUUUUCGAUGUAUAAGUAAUAUUCGAAUUUCCUUCAUUUGUACCUAAAGCUUGUGGAAGCGCAGCUGGUCCUCCUGUCAUUAGAACUAAAAAGAACUUCUUUGCUUUUGUACUGUUAGGGAAAUCAACGACCAUACCACCAAAAAAUCCAGCUUUUGUAGCUUGUAUCAUUACUAAUUCAAUUUGUUGAUUAUUCUCCGGAUAAAAUUGAAGAACUGCUCUUGCAGAUCUUGUAAGACAAGAAUAAAGUGUAGAGAAAAAUCGAUAUAGUCUCUUGCUAGGAUUGUGAGUAGCUUUAUCUGCAUUACAUAACCAUUGUAAUGCAGAGAUACUCACUGCGCCAUCAAAACUUCCUGCUCUAAAUGGCAUUCCUUGACCCAUGUCUCCCAAAAUUAAAUCUCCAUCUGUUUCUCUCUCUUGAGCAACGUCUAUUUUAUAUAUAUAUAUAAAAGAUUACAUUAUGUAGUUGGAUUAAUAAAUCAAGGAAUAAACUAAAAAAAUAAUUACUAAGCAUAGCAGAAGAAAUGUCGAUUCCAAUCCAGGUAUGUCCUUCAUCCUCUAGUACACUCCCACUAAGUCCUGAACCACAACCAAUAUCUAAUAAUAAUGCUGGUGCAUCUUCUGACAAUAAUAAUAACUCAACAGCUCGUUCACACAUUUGCACUUGAAUAUCCAUAAUACGUGAACUGUGGAGACCAAGUUGUACAGAUAAGAUAAUAAUUUUAUAAUAAAUAAUUUAUUUAACUUUAUAAAGUUUACCUUUGUGUAUAUUUUCGUGCUUCGUCUUCAUUGUAAAACUAAUAACAGAAAAUACACAUGAGAGUUUUACAUAACCUCUAUACACUGCAGAUUAUAAUUUAAUAAAAACAUACCACUUCAGGAGGUGCUAAAUGUUCCGGACGCCUAGACAUUUUUCUAAAGUCUGUUUUAAUCUUAAUUUAAUUGUUAUUAUAACAAUUUGUAAUAUGUUACUUAAAUCUAAAAUAUACAAUGCACUAUUGAAUGGCAAACUAAGAACACGAUUGAAAUUACUAGAUGAGAAUUCAUUAUAAAUGAAAUAUCAAAUCCUAUAUAUAUAUAUAUAUAUCUUUUAUUUGUAAAUUAUAAAUUUAAUUUCAAUGUGAAAUAUUUUCUUCGAAUAUUCUUUUUCCUUUUUUUUUUUAAAUAAUAAUUAUACGAUAGAAAUUGAGAAUAUCAACUUUUAAAAAUUUAAGGUUGUUCAUCAACUUUCGCUGAAUAUACAAGCGCGUGUAACUCCAGCGGCAGAUAUGGACAAAAUAUGAACUACAAAUGCAAAUGAGAACGCUAUCCCUACCAUGCGUUUAUCAUAUCAGUGUAUAAGAUUGUUUAGUAUUUCUUUUAUGUUAAUUUAUUUAUUUGCUUUUAUGUGCUUAAAUAACAGUUGGUUUCGUGUAAAUUAAAGUAGGCUGUAAAUUCAUCAAUCUCUUAAAUGCAAAUCUUUUUUUUAUUGUAGUAUCCGUUUUGCAGUGAUCCGAGAGAGAUACAAUGUCGAUAUGCAUCUCAUUUCACGACAGAUUAUUAAGCAUAAUCGUUCGUGCCCGCAGACACGCGCGCAAAUGUUCACCUAUCUUUCUUGUAUUCUCGCGUAAAAAUCAAUGAUGAAUCGACCCAUUCGACGAUAUAUCGGACUCAUCCGAUCGCAGAUAUAUCCUAUCCUUUGAUGAUUUAGAUUUGAGAAGAAAAGAAGGAGAAAAUAAGAGAAAAAGAAGAAAAGAAAUACAAGACGUGACAACGAUAGAACUCCGAACGAGAGGUUGACAAAUUGAAUAUCAUUUGAUGAUUCCUCGAUGAUCCCUGGAAAAAAAGAAGUUAAGAUGAAGAAAAGAAAGAGAAGAAAUAUGAGAUGAAAAAAAGAGCAAGAGAAAGAAAAUAAAGAAAACCCAGAGAAAGAAAAGAAAAAAGAACGAGGUGGACAUAUUGAAUAUCCACUCGAACAAAAUCGAAGUACUAAAAUACAGUUCGAUUUUGAUUUGACUCAUGAAGGAGACCCAUCCAAGGAUCCGCAUUGAAGAGCCUCUCCCAAGAAUCGCAGCCAAGAGCUCUAAAUGAUGCUGAAACAGAAACCCGCAUAAAGGCCCAUACCCAUGGGCCCUAAUCAUGGGUCCCACCCGAGACUUAUAACUAAUAAUUAAUAAAAGUAAAUAAGAAUAAAUAGAAAUGACAGCGAACAUAAAUGCUAUAGAAAAGUUUUGUGUACGUUUCUUUAAGAUAUUAUUUUAGAAUUCUAAUAUAUUUGAUUCAUUUAUUUAUCGAAGUAUGAUUAACAAUGUAAGAUGGAAGUACGUUAAUGUUAAUUUAAUUAAAUUUAGAAUGAAAGAU